GGUCACGUGAUUUCCAGCGGAGUGUUUUUGUUGUGACACCGACAUGAGGAGAGCAGAAACAAUCACACCGAGCCGCGAGGACUGCGUUUACACCAGCUGCUACUGUGAAGAAAAUGUUUGGAAACUCUGCGAGUAUGUCAGGAUGGAGAGAACCGGGCCACUGGAAGAAAUGUUUGUGGUUUUCAUUUCUAAUGAGAACCGAAUGGUUCCUCUGUGGAAGCAGAAGUCGGGACAUGGCGAUCAACCAGUGAUCUGGGAUUACCACGUCAUCCUGCUCCAGGUCUGUCCUCAGUUCAACUCUCUGAUUUAUGAUCUGGACUCUCAGCUGUCGUUUCCAUGCAGCCUGAAUCUGUACGCGAGCCACGCCCUCCGCACAGAUUGUAACAUUAAACCCACCUACCACAGGAAUUUCCGUGUGGUCCCUGCUGACAGCUUCCUGUGUAACUUUGCUUCUGAUCGGUCUCACAUGAAGAACUCUGAUGGGUCUUGGAAGAUGCCCCCCCCACCAUACCCCCCCAUACAUACAGCAGAGACUCAGAUGAACUUGGAUGACUUCAUCAGUAUGAACCCGGCGGUGGGCUGGGGGGCGGUCUUGAGUCUGGAUGACUUCCUGCAGAGAUACACAUCAGACUUAUUGUGGUCAUCGUCUUCCUCGUCAUCGUCUGCAACAGGCUCGUCGUAAUGUUUCUGUGUCAGGAGCACACUGGCGUGUCUUACACCACUAAGGGAACUGAACUUUUGUUUGUCCUGUUUGUAGAAAAUAGAAGCGUUACACACUGUGUGGUCCUGUUGUAGCUCUGGUCACCACAGGGGGGCACUGCAGGAAAUUCACUGCCCCUCUGAAAUUCACUGCCCCUCUGAGCUCACUGAUAAUGUCUGUGUGUUCACGUCACUGUAGGGCUUUAAUGACUUCCUGUUCUCCUGUAGUGUGUAUGCUAUAAAUGUGAUGAGUUCAUCAGAGGUUCCCUCACUUAAAAACGUUUGCUUGUCAGGGAUAUGUUAAAAUAAUGUUGGCAGCCAGUAAAAAAGCAAUAACAAGAAGGUGGUUAACUUCAGAGGCCCCAACAAAAGAUGAUUGGAUUGGAAUUGUGACAGAAAUAUAUAGCAUGGAAAAGCUGACUUUCUCCCUUAAUCUUUGUAUGGACAAAUUUAAUAACGACUGGAGGAAAUGGACAACUCAUUUCAAUAUGAUAAACCCUCAUCACAAUGUUUGAUUUAUAAAAAUGCAUAUGUAUGUUGGAGUACAACAGCCCCCUCUAGUUUGCAUCUGAGGUCCCGGCAGAUGGAUUUGAGUUCUGUUCUGGUUUGAUGUGCACUCGUCGCACUUAGAUGUACGAUACUGCCUAAACACUGAUAAAGGAACUGUAUGGAUAUACAAGAGGAAAUAUCCUUGGAUAUAUGAGGACGCAGAUUGACCUUACAAAAGAAUGCACUAGAGAAACGGGCACAGACUGGAAUGAACUAAUUCCUAAUUCCUUUGUUUUGUUUUUUAUCAUGCAUUCCUGUACUG